AUGUCAUCAAUUGUUUAUGAAGGAGAGGCGCCCGAGUCGGAUGAUGAGACAAUUUUCACCGCUCAUCAACCAAACACAAGCAAAAGAAAACCCCCAAAGCCAACUAUUUACGAGGGAGAGGCGAGUGAAACGGACGAGGAAAGCGAAAAAGCCGAAAUGUCGAAAAUCCCAGAAGUGAUCAAGGCUUUUGACAUGCCAGUACCCGGAAAAAGCAGACCCCGUGUGCAUAUCGAUGAGCGCCUCGAGCAACAGUGGAAGAAUCUAGCCUCCGAUACCCUGGUGACACAAUGGAGACGCAAUCAAACCGCGCAACGAAUGAUCAAUGACACGUUGACCCACUCAGAAAGCGCAUUUCAAAGUAUUCAGUCAACGUCGUCGAAAGUUCGCCUGAUCACCGACAAUUUGUGUCAACUCGAGCACGUCGUCGAGCAACUUGUCGACAAUGGGUUGAGACUGUUGCCAGAGAAGAUCAAAACGAAUUUCCAAAUGCCAAAAGAAUUUUUG